CUCUCUCGCUCUCUGCUGGUAGUGGACUGGAUGUCUCUCAGUGACUGACAGGCCGAUGUCUGACAGCCCAGACACGCCACUUAUCACACAGCCAGCCUCAGUCCAGUACCUCGGCUAAGCGGCCUCAACAGGUGAGAGACUCCCCCGGUACCUCCCGAGCGUUUCCCCGCCUCCUGCGAGGCCGAACAAUCAAGAUGGAGUGCGUGUGGAAGCCAGACGAGCAAGGACUGCAGCAGAUUUUACAGCUGCUCAAGGAGUCACAGUCGCCCGAUACAUCCACCCAGAGAUCUGUCCAGCAAAGACUGGAGCAGCUCAACCAGUUUCCAGAUUUCAACAACUACUUGAUAUUUGUUCUGACCAAGCUCAAAUCAGAAGACGAGCCGACGCGCUCCCUGAGUGGCUUGAUCCUGAAGAACAAUGUGAAAGCUCACUAUCAAAACUUCCCCACCGGGGUGUCUGAUUUCAUCAAGAGAGAAUGCCUGGAAAACAUCGGAGACUUUUCACCCCUCAUCCGCGCCACUGUGGGUAUCCUCAUCACCACGAUCGCGUCAAAGGGAGAGCUACAAAAUUGGCCGGAGCUUCUACCCAAGCUGUGCCUGCUGCUGGAUUCUGAAGACUACAACACGUGCGAGGGGGCCUUUGGAGCCCUCCAGAAGAUCUGCGAGGACUCUGCCGAGAUCCUGGACAGCGACCUGCUGGAUCGUCCUCUUAACGUCAUGAUCCCCAAGUUCUUGCAGUUCUUCAAACAUAGCAGCCCCAAGAUCAGGUCUCAUGCCAUCGCGUGCGUCAACCAGUUCAUCAUCAGCCGGACUCAGGCGCUCAUGCUGCACAUCGACUCCUUCAUUGAGAACCUGUUUGCGCUGGCGACAGACGAGGAGCCCGAAGUGCGCAAGAACGUGUGCAGGGCUCUGGUGAUGCUGCUGGAGGUCCGUCUGGACCGACUGCUGCCUCAAAUGCACAACAUUGUCGAGUACAUGCUCCAGAGGACUCAGGACCAAGACGAGAACGUGGCAUUGGAGGCUUGCGAGUUCUGGCUGACUCUGGCGGAGCAACCGGUGUGCAAGGAGGUGCUGUGCGGCCACCUCUCCCAGCUCACUCCGGUGCUUGUCAACGGGAUGAAGUACUCAGAGAUCGACAUCAUCAUGCUCAAGGGUGACAUCGAGGAGGACGAGGCCAUUCCCGACAACGAACAAGACAUCCGGCCACGCUUCCACCGCUCCCGCACAGUCGCCCAGCAGCACGAGGGCGACGGGAUCGAGGACCAGGAAGACGAUGACGACGAUGAGCUGGAUGAUGAUGAUACCAUCUCGGAUUGGAACUUGCGAAAAUGUUCGGCGGCUGCGCUGGAUGUGCUGGCCAACGUGUUCAGAGACGACUUGUUGCUGCACCUUCUGCCAUUCCUCAAGGAGCUGCUUUUCCAUCCCGAAUGGAUGGUUAAGGAGUCCGGGAUCCUUGUGUUGGGAGCCAUUGCUGAGGGCUGCAUGCAGGGAAUGAUCCCCUACCUCCCCGAGCUGAUCCCCCACCUCAUCCAGUGUCUGUCAGACAAGAAAGCCCUGGUGCGCUCCAUCACCUGCUGGACGCUGAGCCGCUACGCCCACUGGGUCGUCAGCCAGCCACCAGACAUCUACCUGAAGCCUCUCAUGACUGAGCUUCUAAAACGCAUUCUGGACAGCAACAAGCGUGUGCAAGAGGCCGCUUGCAGUGCCUUUGCCACCUUGGAGGAGGAGGCUUGUACUGAGCUGGUCCCCUACCUAGCAUUCAUCCUGGACACGCUGGUGUUUGCAUUCAACAAGUACCAGCACAAAAACCUUCUGAUUCUCUACGACGCCAUCGGAACGCUCGCAGACUCAGUGGGACACCAUCUAAAUAAACCGGAAUACAUCCAGAUGUUGAUGCCUCCGCUCAUCCAGAAAUGGAACCAGCUCAAAGAUGAAGACAAAGACCUUUUCCCCUUAUUAGAGUGUUUGUCCUCCGUAGCGACGGCCCUGCAGAGCGGCUUCCUGCCCUACUGUGAGCCUGUGUACCAGCGCUGCGUUAACCUGGUCCAGAAGACGCUCGCUCAGGCCAUGCUCUACCAGUCCCAGCCAGACCAGUACGAGGUGCCUGACAAAGACUUCAUGAUCGUGGCUUUGGAUCUCCUGAGUGGCCUGGCCGAAGGUUUGGGAGGCAACAUCGAGCAGCUUGUCGCCCGUAGCAACAUCCUCACCCUCAUGUACCAGUGCAUGCAGGAUAAAAUGCCCGAAGUGCGUCAGAGUUCCUUCGCCCUGCUGGGGGACCUGACCAAGGCGUGUUUCCAGCAUGUCAAACAGUGUAUUGCUGACUUUAUGCCUAUACUGGGUACUAAUCUAAACCCCGAGUUCAUAUCAGUGUGCAACAAUGCAACGUGGGCAAUUGGAGAGAUCUCCAUACAAAUGGGGCCUGAAAUGCAGCCGUAUGUUGCCAUGGUGCUGCACCAGCUGGUGGAGAUAAUAAACAGGCCCAAUACACCAAAGACUCUUCUGGAAAACACAGCAAUAACAAUUGGUCGUCUUGGUUACGUUUGUCCUCAAGAGGUGGCACCCAUGCUACAGCAGUUUAUAAGACCCUGGUGUACUUCCCUGAGAAAUAUAAGAGACAAUGAGGAGAAAGACUCGGCAUUCCGAGGAAUGUGCACGAUGAUCACCGUCAACCCGGGGGGCGUCGUGCAGGAUUUUAUCUUCUUUUGCGAUGCGGUGGCCUCCUGGGUCAACCCAAAGGAAGACCUGCGAGACAUGUUCUACAAGAUCCUUCACGGCUUCAAGAACCAGGUUGGCGAGGAGAACUGGAGGCGCUUCUCAGACCAGUUCCCCAUGCCAUUAAAAGAGCGUCUGGCCACCUUCUACGGGGUGUAACAACGGGGUCUUUGACGUGGGGAUAAAACAAGGGGGAACCUUUUACCCAGGGAACACGUUACCCUUUACUGCGGGGGGGACAAGUCUGCCUGACGAGGGGAGGGAAAGGGGUGCGAGCCCCGUCUCCCCCGACAUGGCGGAACCGGGUGGGAGGGAGGGAGGCGCCACCUGCGGGUGCGCCCAGCAAGGUGUGUAGGGGACGGGGGAGGGGUUGACGUGCUGGACCCAAACCCAAGCACGGGAGGAAAAACAACCAAAAGUCAGACAUGAUAACAACAACAACAUCGCUCUUUUGAUUUAUUUUUGAGUGCGUAGACAUAAAUUUUGAAUAUUUGUAAUCAUGUCGCACGCCAAACGUGUAAGGUGACAGCAACGUGAGCCCUUUUUUUGCUUUUUUUGUUUUGAAAAGCACCCGACGCUUGCAUGGGCAAUGUAACGCCGCAACGUUGACGUCAGCGGGUGCGUUCCUUUAAAGAAAGACAACGCUCACUUCCCGCUUAUGUUCCGCAAGCUGGCAUGCUUGUGUCACUGUGAGGUAGCCGUCGAGCAUAAGCCGUUUUUAUUUCGGUGCCCGUGAUGUGUAUUUUUUUCGUCACAAAUCUGUUUUUACAGAGCUUUCUUUCCUCGCGUUGUCGGCCGUAGCAUGUUGACACUCCCAGGGGGUUUGAAUUGCGAGAAGGUUAAAAACAAAACAAAUAAAAGUGGCUGUGAUGUCGGCGUGAAUGUCCUGUGAUGGCGUGACUGUGACAUCCAUCAGCGAGGCGCAUCACCUUCUUGAUGUUUGGAUCUUAGUUGUUUGUCUUGUGCUGAGAAAAGCAUGAACUCCAGAAUGGCUGAAGAUUUUGUUUUUGGUGGGGUGCUGUCUCAUCUUAUUGCAUGUUGGUGGCCCCUGGCACCCUCGCAUAGUGGGAGGGAGGGAGGGACUUAAUAGUACGUCAUCUUGCUGGAGUGUUGUUGUCUCCAAGCGUUACGUUGAAACCUUGAAAUACUGUGAAGUUCCAUUUAGUCUGCUUCUUCCUGUGGUGCGCUUCUGUCUUUUUAUUUACUUACAGGAAGCCUAAAUGUAUUCCAUGAUGCUUUUGGAAUGAUUGGACUUUUUUUUUUUUUUAUUGUUGCCCUCUGCUGGCCGGAGUAACGAUUGCAGUAUUUUAACCCUUAAAAUUGGACCUUCAUGUUCACCUUGAAUGAAGUAGAGCUGCUGAAAUGUUCAAUUUAUGCCAGAAAAUGUAAUGGGAUUUCUUAAUAUUGUAAAAAAAACAAUACAGUGGAACCUCUAAGAUGAAUAUUUGUCAUUUCUCCCAUGGGAAAUAAUGUAUAACUUUACACAUAAGUCGAAUUUUAGUAUAAUAUAAUAAUAGUAAUAGGUAAAGCAUUUUUUUAAUUCUACAUCGAAUAACUUUUGGGCUAUUCAAUAUAACUGUCAUGCAAGUGUAAAAAGAAGCCAGUCGCCGUUGACAUCAAAACCAAACACAUCGUUGCACGUCAGUUUUUUUUUUUUUUUAGCAUUCUAAAAAAAUUAGCAUGCUACAUUGGGGGCAAGGGGGCUCAAGUCACAUGUUAAAUCUUUUUAAAAGUCAUGUAAGUGUAAGAAGAGGUUAACCAGCGUUGACAUCAAAACACUUGUUGCAGAUGUGCACGUCAGUUUGUUAGCAUGCUAAAAAAAUUGCAUGUUAAAUUGGGGGGGGUUCAAGUCACAUGUUAAACCUUCUUUAGAGUCAUGUAAGUAGGAAAAAGGAGGUUAACUGCCAUUGACAUCAAAACAAAACACUUGUUGCAGAUGCACGUCAGUUUUUUAGCAUACCAAAAAUUUGGCAUGCUAAAUGGGGGGGGUUCCCUUGUUAGCUGUCCCUUCUUAGCUGUCAUGCAAGUGUAAAAAGAGUUUUUUUUUGAGGCAGACUUUCCUGAAAUGAUGGACCCAUUUGCACAUUAAAGCAUUUUAUGGAUGGGGUGGUGAAAUGUGACUUUAUUAACAGUAAUGUAACUGUUUUAAGUCACACUUUAACAUUCUGUGGCGUCCCCAUUUUAAGAUACUGCCAUUCUGCAGUCGGCGUGCAACGUUCACUUCCUGACCCAGGCUGGAUGUGCCUGCCACUCUGGAGGUUCCACUGUCUCUGCAUCGGUGAAUAGGUGUACUUCCCACCACUCUUGUAGUACUUCAUCAUGGAAUACAGAGGCAAAUACUUUGUUGUUUACGUGCCACGUCCUUUGUUUGGUGUCUGUCACAUUCCGAGUGAUGGUGGAAAGAUGUAGUGAUUUAUGUGUGUGUGUAUGUGAGAUAUGGAGAGUGUUCCACUGCGUUUGCUGUACGUCGUCUUUACCACUACUUGAAUAUGCGUUUUCUACAUGUGAUCCUCAGGUUGUCUGUGUUCACUGUUGUUGAUUUUUUUUUUCUUGACCCCCCGCCCGCCCCACACUCGAUGUGCAUAUGCGUAGACAACCGAGAACCUCACCCUUCCCGUUAGAAGACAUGCCCAGCGUUUUUUCGAGGACACGUGCACACAUGGUACAAUGCAAAAGUACGGGGGAAUGAGAAUCCCAUUAGGUACAUAAAUAGGAAGUUGCACUUAAGAAAUAAUCCUGUGAUUGUGAUGGAAAUUCCUGUAAUAAUUCAAUGUCACGCCUUGAGGGGAUGAUGGGAUUCGGUCGCUAAAAGUGUCUUAGGUGACGGCUGAUUUGAUUUCAAUCAAAUACUACUACUAGUACCACUAGUACUUGAGGUAAAGCUUCAACUUUGUACAAAGCUUUAUUGAUUUGACAAGUUUGUAUUUUGUAAAACGCCCGCCACGACAUGUUGAGGAAUGUCUAGUCAGAAGAGAAUAGCCGCCUCCUUUAGCCUUCCGUGUUUAGACCAUCUGCCUUGUUUUGCUGUGAGAAGCAAAAGCGUCACUUUGAUAGUUUUUUUUUUUUUCAUGAGCUGCUGAAAUGAAAUCAAAAAGUAAAAAAAAAUGUGGGGGCCACCAAAUAUUUUGGAUCAUAAAAGAAUAUAUAUUGUACUGUUGUAAUUUUUGUAAUAUUUGUAAGACGAUCUAGUGGGUGUGACUGGUUACCAUUGCUUGAAUCUGUACAUUGUUCCAAUAAAUUGUUUACAUUA